AUGUCUGAAACCGCACCUGCCGUGCCUCCCGCUCCGGCCCCUGCCGAGAAGACGCCCGUGAAGAAGAAGGCCCGCAAGUCCGCCGGUGCCGCCAAGCGCAAGGCGUCCGGGCCCCCGGUGUCCGAGCUCAUCACCAAGGCCGUCGCCGCGUCCAAGGAGCGCAGUGGCGUGUCCCUGGCGGCGCUCAAGAAGGCGCUGGCGGCCGCCGGCUACGACGUGGAGAAGAACAACAGCCGCAUCAAGCUGGGCCUCAAGAGCCUGGUGAGCAAGGGCACCCUGGUGCAGACCAAGGGCACCGGCGCCUCGGGCUCCUUCAAGCUCAACAAGAAGGCGGCCUCCGGCGAGGCCAAGCCCAAGGCCAAGAAGGCGGGCGCGGCCAAGCCCAAGGCGGCGACCGGGGCAGCCAAGAAGCCCAAGAAGGCCGCGGGGGCUGUCGCCAAGAAAGUGGCCAAGAGUCCGAAGAAGGCCAAGGCGCCCAACCCCAAGAAGUAA